UUAGAAUUUAUUAUCCGCACGUGGUUUGUGUAGUAUCCGAUCAAUCUAAGGGAGAUCAACCUAAGACGGAUCAGCUUAAGGUUAAUCAAUUUAAGGAAGAUCGACUUAACGAAGAUCAAUCUAAAAAUCAACCAAUGGAGGAUCAACCUAAGGAGGAGUGGUUAGAUAUAAUUGGCAAUGGUCAGCUGAUGAAGAAAGUUAUAAAGAAAGGCACAAAAGACGUAAAGCCAAUACAAAAAGAUAUAUGUACAUUAACGUUUACUGGUGUGCUUGAUGAUGGCACAGUGGUGGAAGAUCAAGAUAAUGUUUCGAUACAAUUAGGAGAUUUUGAAGUAGUACAGGGUUUGGACCUAACGAUUCCAUUGAUGGAGUUGGGUGAAAUUGCUGAAAUAAGAAUCGAUCCUAGAUUUUCUUAUGGUACACAUGGAGAAGGAUCUGUACCACCUAAUGCUACUAUUACUUACACAGUUGAAUUGAAAGCAAUAAAAGAUAGUCCUGAUAUAGAAAGUCUAAGCAUCAAGGAAAGGAGAGAACUAGGGUAA